ACCUGACUGUAGUGACUGUGGCGUAGCAGUGCGGCAUGGGCUGGUGUGGCGGGUGCACACUUCUUUCAAAACAGGUAGCACGCGCUACCGGCUGACAACAUUCACGAUUUCCCAUUCUUUUCCUUCCUCUCUUCCUUCCUUCCUCCCUCCCUUCCACCCACCCACCCUCUUUCUUAUCCUGUCUGCAUCCUCGUCGAAGUGUAACAGUGGCGAUCACGUGACACUCCCGCGAUAUUUACGCGGCGCAGCGUGGCUAAGUUCACAUGGAGUACCGUCGCGGAACGACGACGUCGACAACAUUCGCAAAAUCGUUUCGAAGUCGUCGUUCCCGUCGUCGUUUCGAGGACUGCCCGUUCGGCUGCGAGUUCCUCGGGUAGAACGCGUGCGUGCGCAGUGAAAAAACGCCCGGCGUCUUCCGAAUUCGCGAGAUCGGAGUAAAAGAAACAUGUGACCGGUGGGGUGAAGACCGAGUGCGGAAGAGUGCGUUGGAACGUGUGCGUUUGCCGAAAAAUGACGCUCGUCAUCGGCCGGACAUCGGUGAGGACGGUGUUGCUGACGUCGUUGCUGCCGAUUUCUGUAGUGUUGGUAGUGCUGGCGCGCGCCGGGGAUGUCGCGACCUUGGAGUACGGCGUGGAACCCCUUCCGGCAUCCAGGGAGCAGCGGCCGCGUCCGGAUACAGACUCGUCAGUCACGGAUCAUCGUCAUGGGCGUACAUCCUUACACACGGAACCGUUGUCGUCAAAGGCUAAACGCGAGCAGACGCUACGCAACAUUCUCACUGCAAGAAGACGACAGAUUCUGAAUCAACGUUUGCAUGAGCCUCACCGGAUUCUUUCCAGUCGUAGGCCACGACCUGGCGACAUCAUUUCAAAGGAUCCUCAGGACGUCCUCGAAACCCAGGAGACUAGAAACGGCAUUUAUCAUGUCACAAGCGCUCGAACGGAGGUAUCAAUGAAAGAGGAAAUUUCGCAAUUGUCAAGGAAAUCGAUUGAAAAAAUCGUUUCCGUGAUCAAUCUCAACGCGACGGGAGGAGAGUCGGAAUCGCGAACCACGAAGAUACCUAAAACCGAAGCUCUGUCGCCGACGACCGGGAAGAACGAAAAUAUCUUUUCGACACCUUCUUCGAUCGCCUCAACGCCAGCUAUCAAUCAAAAAUUGGGAGACGCAGAAAUGCGCAAGAAAAACACUGUAUCGAUGCCAGAGUCAUUGUACAAUCACUUCCGGCCAGUGGAGAGCAAUAUUCCAGUGGAAGAUAUGUCGCAGUUUCUUUAUUUCGGCCAGAAGCUCCAGCCAGAUGCGCUGAACGUUACCAACAGCAGUAAUAACUCCGUAGAGACGACAUCGACGUAUCCGACUUCCUCGCGCAAAAGAUAUUCCACAAAAAGAUUCACCGCGACGAUCGCCACGCCGAUGGAGGAGAUGAUGAACGAGGAGAUGAAUAUUGCGUUGGAAACGUUAGAACGUCGGACGGUUGAGAAGAAUCAAGUAUCGAGGAUUAAGAACACGUUCAGAAGCUCAGGCAACGGGUUAUAUUACCGGAAGCCGAGGCCCACGGCGGAUGUUGUGUCCAAUGUUAUUCCCGGGAACGAGUCGAGCCCUAGUAUCGUCGGUGGCUCAGAAACAAAGAGCGAGAUGAAUACGGUGGAUGACAAAUUUCGCCGCAGCGACCCGUCCGCUCACGCAGACGGAAGCGAUCGAGUCCCGCUAGAGAGAAAAAACGCGGCCCACGUUACCGAGGUGAGCACGACGACCCAGAUACCUCAGCAAUCCGAUGUUGAGGCAAGGGUCAUCGUGGAGAGUGAAAUCGAUGCGAAACUCUCGAACGAAACGAACUCGGUCUCGAACGGGACCGCCGAAAGCUUUCAGAGGACCAACGAUUUUGGGAAGGACAGCGAAAAGAAGAAAGUCACCGAGGCGAAGACGGAAGCAUUGAAUGCGGAGAAAUCGGAGCACAAGUUAACGGGUGUUGAGAGGGCAAUAUCCACAUCGCAGAGAGAGAGUGAGAGGUCUCGAGAGAGCGACAGCACCGAGACGACGUCGUUGAUAUCAUCGCGGGCGGAAUCGUCGACUCUGCGGAUCGUCGUGCCGGACGACAGCUUCGGGCUGUCGAGUUUCGCGAUCGAGAGCGAGCGGAGCCAUCGGAAUACCGUUAAGCAGCAACCGGUCGUGGAUCCCAUCGCGGAUCGACCGGUUCGCGUGUCGGCCGGCGGCGACGUCGUCUCGAAAUCAUCGCCAUCAUUGACACCGCCCUCGAAGACGGAGUCGUCCACACCUGUCGUCGUCGUCGUCGUCGACUCGGAUCAACAGCCGCAGGAGCAGCAGCAUCCGCAGCAACACGUGUACGCUUAUACGAUAACGAACGUGACGCGAUUGUUGCGCAACUACACCGGACCCGGAUUAAGCGGCGAGGAAAGACGAGGGGGAGGUAGUGCUGUUGGUCGUGCUGGUAGCGGUGCUGAGAUAACGAGAGGUGGAUCGUCGCACCAGCGACCGCAGCAGCAGCAACCACCGCCGCCGCCGUCUUCUCCUCUUCUGCUUCCUCGUGCCGGUGAUGGCGGUAUAGAACCGGCACGAACGCCGACGGGACUCAGUGCUGGCGCGACCGUCGAGCCAGCCGCAGCUGCUGGUGCGUUGCCCGGUGUAGUUGACGAUUUGGUGGGGGAACGAUCGAGGAAAGCUGUUCCGCAACAGCAACGAGGCACAGCCGGCCAACGAGUGGCAGUUACCUGGUCCUCGUUGCAUUCAGUUGCGAAUAACGACAGCGUUGUCUCGACGUCCAGAUCCAUCAAGUCACCGGAGAUCGCAAACAGAGGAUUGGUUAGGUGGAACCACACUAAGUUGCGAACCAGCGAGCAGGAGGGUGCUAAUGAUCGGAGAUUAUUAAGAAAGAGCGCCAGCGCAGUGCUAAAUCAAAGAUCAACUAUAAGCGAAGAAUCUUCGACUCUAGUGACAAGCAAGCGUCGCAGAGUGUUGGCCUCUUCGAGUGGGGUGUCUUCUUCGAACGGUACCAGGAGACCGAAGUCCGGUGAGGAGAAGAUCGAUAGUGCUAAGGAUAAGUUAGUGGUGAACGAUCAAUCGUCGAACGGGACACGAGUUGCGAAUCGCGGAAAAAUUUCGGACGAUGAAGUACCGGGUGUUGAUCCUCUUCGGGAAGUUACGUUUGCCAGCGGGGUAAAUGAAGUGCCGGGUGACAGUAGUUCUCAAGAAACCACCGUCAUGGGGAUCUUAAAUCGAAAUUCGAGUGCAACCGACGAGACGCUGGAUGCGACCGAUCCGUCUGUUCUCGUCGACGCGAUCACGACGACGGAGCUGGAAAAGUCUCAUGUUCUUGAGGAAGAUAUCGUUACUGCCAAAUCAAGUUUAAAUGAAAGCUAUAUCAGAAGCAACGAUCAGGAAGACGAUCAGGGUAUCGCGAUGCUGAACAAGACCGAGAGUAAUGUGAACGCAACGAUAGACGGCAUCGGUGAGACGACCGUGAUAGUGAUUGAGCAAGUGGAUGAAGCUGUCGCGAGUACGACGACGAUGACAACAACGACGACGACGACAACGACGACAAUGUCGACAAUGCUCGCAGCUCCGAUUUUUCCGGUCACGCCUAGAAUACUGUCAGAAUUAGAGAGAACCACUACCGAUCCGGAAACUAACACCUUGAGACCGACGGACGUCGCGAAGGAAAACAAUCUGGACCCUUCAGAGAUCCAAAAGAGGUACCGAGCAAAAGAUGCGACGACGACAUCAACAACGACAACGACAACGGUUUCGCCAAUUCAGAAUGACGUCCAUGUAAACGAGACUUCGAGCAGAAGGUCGAAGGUCCUGCCUACCUCGUCGCCGCCCACGGUAACGGAGAAUGGGAAACGCGUGUCUGGCGAGAGAUCGCCGGAAGUCAGGGCGCGUAAUUUAUCAGACAAGUCAAAAGACAAGGACGACGUGCUACCGAUCAUGCAUCUGUAUAACACGUCGGAUAUCUUCAACAGCAGCGGGCCGAUGGACGGGUUCGCUCGCGGUACAGAACGGGUGGUGCUUCCGAUGGAUUCCGAACCACAGAACGAUCCCGCAUUGACGACGAUGAUCAUGGGAACGAUGACGACAAUAACGACGUCGACGACAACAACGGAAAAGAACCCCGAUUUAGCGACGAUUAUCGAUAACGCGACGGAAAUUAGUGGAAGUACAUCGACCACCGUUCCCGUUCCCAAGUCUAAGGAACCCACCGUAAUUCCAACAAACUCUCGAAAGGACAAACACGAGGAGAAUCGCGAAUCCCAGGAUUCUGCUGUUCCUUCAGGAUCCAAAGGUUCCUCUUUCGUAACUACAACCAACAGGACGAGGUACAGGCCUGCCUAUCAUCAUUCGAUCCUGCCGGAAUACAACAGCACGAUGUAUCAUCCCGACGGGCUCAACAGGACGUUCUUCGAGACCGGCGAACCGAUCUCGGUGAGCCCGCGGGAAUCGAUGAACAUCAGUGAGGUGAUAUUGAAGCGGCACGACGGCGACGUGAUCGCCACUCAGGAGACGGUUGCUGUGGUCGGCUACAUCCUGGCCACUCUCGUCGUCUUUCCCAUCGCCGUCGGCGUCGGGCUCAUUCUCAGAAGACUGAUACUUAGGAAUCGUAAGGUGCUCGAGGAGUCGGACACGUCAUCGGAGAUAAGCUGCAGGAAGGACGCUCUUAAUCUCGAAAACGGCGACUUCAAGACGUCCAUCGAGAAGGCGAUCACGAAAUUACCGAGGAUACAACACUUGUGUCACGAAGCUGAGAAACCGCCGCCUCCGCCAUCUCAAGAAUCCAGAUGGGAGUUUCCUAGAGAUAAGCUUAGAUUACAGACAGUCCUCGGGCAAGGAAACUUCGGCCAGGUGUGGAAGGCCGAAGCCGACGAUUUGACAGGUCAUCAAGGCACGACUCGAUUAGUAGCAGUAAAAACCGUCAAAGAAGGCGCUUCUGAUCGAGAGAAGGAAGACUUAGAUCGAGAACUCGAAAUCAUGAAGCAAUUGGGCAGUCAUCCAAACGUCGUAACACUUUUAGGGUGCUGCACCGAAGAAGAGCCUCAUUAUCUCAUACUGGAGUACGUCAUGUACGGCAAACUGCUUGCGUACCUGCGCGAUCACCGUACCAGACAGUACUUUUACAACUUCAGCGAGGAUUCGGCAGCCUUGACAUCCAGAGAUCUCACGGUUUUCGGUUAUUGCGUGGCCAGAGGCAUGGAAUAUCUUGCGUCAAAAAAGAUCAUCCACCGCGACCUCGCCGCGAGAAAUGUUCUCGUGGAUCACAACAAGCUGUGCAAAAUCGCUGACUUCGGCAUGUCGAGGUUCGCCAAUGAGGACGGUGAGGUGAUCGAAACCAGACACGGUAGAAACGCCUUACCCAUCCGAUGGAUGGCCCCCGAAUCGUUGAUCUACUCCCUGUUCACGACGAAGACCGACGUCUGGAGCUUUGGGAUUCUGAUGUGGGAGAUCGUCACUUUAGGUUCAACACCGUACCCGGAUAUGACGGCGCGGGAAGUCAUGCGAAACGUGCACAACGGUUAUCGGUUGGAGAGGCCUUCGCACUGCCGAAGCGAGCUCUUCAGGGUGAUAUCCCGAUGCUGGCACGCCGAUCCCGACCGCAGGCCGGAGUUCCAGAUUCUACGCAGGGAUCUCGCCCAACUACUGGAGGACAACAUGAACGGGCACUAUGUGGACCUUGAGAGCUUCGCUUCCGAGUGCACCGACUGAGAGAGGUCGCCGGAGGAAACCUCAGGCUCAUCGCACCGGGAAAUUAAUCCUGCAGAGAGGCUCACACGUUAGUGCUACGUGAGCAGGGAGAUUUUCUGACGUAUCUCGAUUUUCGAAAGCGACUUUCCCUCGCGGGAAGAAAAUAUAAUAGAGAUUAUCUUAAAGAGAUACUCCUCUCGAAUUCUACGAGGUUCUGGGAUGCCCUUACUGUUUUUGACCUCCAAAAUUCGUAGGAAUUUUGUAUGAAACAUAUUCUGUCUUUCGAGCAAAAUACGUUGGAAAGUGGAAUCGCCAAUUGUGCUACUUAGGACA